AUGGCAUAUAAAGUGGAUCAUGAAUACGAUUAUCUAUUUAAGAUUGUAUUGAUCGGAGAUUCAGGCGUCGGAAAAUCUAACAUUCUUUCGAGAUUUACAAGAAAUGAGUUUUGCUUGGAAUCUAAAUCUACCAUCGGUGUUGAAUUUGCAACAAGAACUCUUCAGGUAGAAGGGAAGACAGUUAAGGCACAAAUAUGGGACACAGCAGGCCAAGAACGGUACCGAGCCAUUACAAGUGCUUACUAUAGAGGUGCCGUUGGGGCACUUCUAGUUUACGACAUAACCAAAAGGCAAACCUUCGACAAUGUCCUAAGAUGGUUACGUGAACUAAGAGACCAUGCCGAUUCGAACAUCGUCAUCAUGAUGGCCGGUAACAAAUCCGAUUUAAACCAUCUCCGAGCUGUCUCACAAGAAGAUGCUCAAGGCUUAGCUGAAAGAGAAGGGCUUGCAUUCCUCGAGACAUCAGCAUUAGAAGCAAUCAACAUCGAGAAAGCAUUUCAGACAAUUUUGUUGGAUAUUUAUCAAAUUAUAAGCAAAAAGGCAUUGGCAGCACAACAAGCAGCUUCUAGUGUUCCUCAAGGGACAACUAUUAAUGUUAACAAUAUGUCGGACAGUGGAACUAAAGGAGCUUGUUGUUCUUCUUAA